UGCGCUCCGGGGCGGCUCCGGACGGGCAGAAGGGCGGGCGGAACAGCAGACGUGCAGGGCGGAGGCGCAGUCUGCACCAUGGCGUACCCGGGGCACCCUGGCGCCGGCGGCGGGUACUACCCAGGCGGGUAUGGAGGGGCUCCUGGAGGGCCAGCGUUCCCCGGACAAACUCAGGAUCCGCUCUACGGUUACUUCGCUGCUGUGGCUGGACAGGACGGACAAAUUGACGCCGAUGAACUGCAGAAAUGUCUGACGCAGUCUGGCAUUGCCGGAGGAUACAAACCUUUUAAUCUGGAGACUUGUCGCCUUAUGGUUUCGAUGUUGGAUAGAGAUAUGUCUGGCACCAUGGGAUUCAAUGAAUUUAAGGAGCUCUGGGCUGUGCUGAAUGGCUGGAGACAGCACUUCAUCAGCUUUGACAGCGACAGGAGUGGGACAGUGGAUCCCCCGGAGCUGCAGAAAGCCCUGAUGACGAUGGGAUUCCGGUUGAACCCGCAAACUGUGACUUCCAUUGCAAAGCGGUACAGCACCAGCGGCAAGAUCACCUUUGACGACUACAUCGCCUGCUGUGUCAAACUGAGGGCGCUCACAGAUACCUUUCGAAGACGGGAUUCUGGUCAACAAGGAAUGGUGAAUUUCUCGUAUGACGAUUUCAUUCAGUGUGUCAUGACCAUCUAAGUCAAGAGGACGCUGUCUGAAAAUCCUCAACAUUCCCACUGGAGUCCGCCCUUGCUUUCUCCUGGCCUUCAGUGCUGUGUGCAGGUUCCCACCAACGCUCCCCGACAACCGCCGAAUGGGAUCAUGACUUUAUAUACGGCUGAAGCUUCAUUUUUAAUUUUGAUAAUAAAUCCUUGAAGUUCAAUAACGUAAGAACAAGUCUGUUGUACCAGUCAGAACCUCCUUGAGCCAUUAUUAACCAUGCCUUAUUUUCCUGCUGUCUUUUAUAUAAAUUUAAGUAUGGAAAAUAUUUAAAGCAAAUUAUAUAUUUUCUCAUGAGAUAUGCAAUCUUUUCAUCAGGCUUAGCUGCUAUUAUUCUUUCUUGCCCUGAAGAAUGUGGUUAAAUGCUUUGUGGGGGGUAUUCUUAUAUAAGUGACGUAGAUCCACGGGGGUGCAAUACAAACCAGUGCGCAUACUAGAAAGAAACCAUACGAGUUUUAGAACUCACAGGUUUGAAAGCCUUGAGUGGACAGAGAUACUGAAUGACUAUCGUCUGCCUCUUUAAAAACCUAGAGAUAAUUGGAGGGGCAAAAAUACUAUCACCAUGUCCUUCUUUGUCAUCCAUCCAAACUUUUGUUCAUUAUACUUAAAAGCCUUGUAUAUUAUAAGCUUAAAAUUGCCAGAAAAAGACUAAAGGGAAAUAAAAAUGUAUUAACUGCUUAUAUUUGA